ACUCCCAGUAUGAGUAUGCGAUUUGGGACGCAGCCCUUUCCUCUCUUUCCCUCUCCUCUCGCGUACCAUCACGGGAAAACACACACACACAGAUGGGUUAGGGUUACAUAACAGUGUGUGUAAGAAGGCGAGUGAAUCCAGAGCUCGGUUCACGCCUCAGUGAGCGGACAUCUUUAAAAAAACAAAAAAAGACCAACCCCAAAACGCGAUUUCUGCCAGGAUUAAGGAGUGUGUAAGUCCGGUCACCAUUAAUCCUAAAAGCUCAGCUUGUGACCAGUUGUAAAAGAAACCUCAGAGUCUCCAGCUUCACCCAGGUCUAACGAACCCAGUGGUGAAGACACACACUUGUGCUCAAAGCAUGGCGGAACCGGAGCUGAACGAGUCGUCCUUGCGCUCUCCGAGCUCAGGGUCUCGUCCUAUUUCGUUCCCCUUCAUGAGGGAAGGCAGCCGCGUGUGGGAGAAAGCAGGGGAGCUGCCCAGCCCUCUGCCCACCAAGCGCACGCGCACCUACUCUGCCACGGUGCGGGCGAACUCAGGUCCCAUGUUUAAGGGCGUGUGUAAGAACUUCUCGAGGUCACAGGGUCACGGGUACAUCAGACCCGCGAACGGUGGAGAAGACAUCUUCGUCCACAUCUCAGACAUCGAGGGCGAGUAUGUUCCCGUGGAGGGCGACGAGGUGACGUAUAAAGUGUGUCCCAUCCCACCCAAGAACCAGAAGGUGCAAGCAGUGGAGGUGAUCAUCACACACCUGAACCCUGGAACGAAGCACGAGACCUGGUCCGGGAAGAUCAUCAGCUCGUAGGCUCCACCUCGGCCUGCUGUUGGUUGACCUGGCCUGGAGCGGAAUCGGGGAGUUCUUUAUUUUUCUUUUUUUUGUUGUUGUUUAAUUUUUUUUUGAAGUAGGAACACUGCAAGUGGAAACAGGAUGGAGGAGAAUGGAGGUAGGAUGAGGAAGGAGGUAGGAUGAGGAAGGAGAAGGAAUGCAAGAAUGGAGGUGAGAUUGGGAAAAGUCAGGAUCAGAAAGGGAGAGAGAGAUUAUUAGAAAUAAAAAGGCAAGUUAUAUGAUUUUUGUUAUCUCGCAACAAGAAGCAGAAAAAGAGAAAGACAGCAGAAUUGAGAGAUUCAGAGAUUUACGGAAAUGGUAAAGUAACUUCCUGACGGAUACGCAUGAACAGGAAGAGAGCGACAAACGUAAAGAAAAGAAGGGAAUCAUGGUUAAACUAAAAACUUACCGAACUGUGAAAGACGAAGUAAUGACUCUGGACUUCCUGAAGUCAUCAGAUCAAAGCCCUUGUCAUAAUCCUUGGCCUCUGUUUUGUUUUUGUUUUUGUUUAUUUAUUUAUUUGUUUAUCUUUUCCCCCUCCCCCUCUCUCUCUGGGGGAGAGCUUCUGUUCUGAGUUCAUUUGCAGAUUAUGCUGGAAUUUGAGACUAAUAUGAUUGCACUCGAAACUUGAAACCCCAAAAACAAACCUACUGCCAAACUCCCAGAAUUCCACCUCCCAGAAUUCCAGCGGGAGUGAUUCAGGGUAAACAACCGCCAGGAUUUUCUCGUCCUGUUUUGACGAACCCAGUCGGUCUCGCAUCGCACUUGUACUGAUCACUAUAGCAAGUCCCGAAACGUCUCGUUCGUACCGUCGUCGUGUCUGUAGUUCACUCAUCAUUGGGUAGAAACCCGGUGGUGAAAGUAGCUCACGUGAGAAACUCUUUAGUUGAUCGUGUCUGAUUUAAGUUCGAUUCUGCAUGUAGUCAGUCAGUUUCAACAAGAAAAUCUCUAUGCAUCUUUUCUAUGCUUUGUUGUUUUUUGUUUUAUUUGAUCAUGAUCAUGUUUUUGUACUCAACUGCUGACAACAUGGUUAGUUUAGAUAUAAAAAAAAAAGUUUAAUUUCAGAGCACUUUUUCCCUACGGUCACUGUGGCUAGUGUAGGCGUCAUUUAUGUGUGAAACAGAGUUAAUAAAAAUAAAACUUUAUUAGUCACCCUCCUGUGACGCACUUUUAUUUAUGUGAGUACUACUACUUCUUUUUGGUGGGUUUCCCAGAAGCAUCAUAGCACAAAGAUCAUCGGUAAAUGGUAGCGCGAGCGUGACCGUGAAUACUCACUCUCCUAGUUAAGAUGCUCUUAGCGUUAAGGGGCUUUUGGGAAACCCACCCCGGCUUGGUCAGCAGGUGUUGUUUUGAUUGUGUACUAGUGCAGCUCUAAAUGACAACAGGUUUAUUUAUUCUGAUAUUAGUCCUGAUUCGGAUAAAACAGUCUCUCUUUCCUGACGGUACCGUUUUUGUGGCUACUGUCUCAUAGAGGUUGUAGCCAUUGUGUCAUCGUGUUGGAAGAAUGUAAGAGUGUAACAAUCGCGCAUGCGCAUACAGGUAUUCCAAUUAAAAUGGCCGGUGAGUGUAUUUGGUUCACCAUUCAAAAUAAAUGGACUAGACCAGGGGUUUUCAAAGUGUGGGAGAGUCAGCCCCCCCUCAGAGAGCAAAUAAACAACA